AAGAGUUUGUCAACAUGGCACAGGGUAGCAGAGGUGUUACUCGAGUGUUGGCAAAAUUAAAAUCUUCAGUUGAAGAAGGGAGAUAUUAUGAAGCUCAUCAGAUGUACAGAACGUUGUACUUCAGAUACUGUAGUCAACAGAAGUACAAGGAAGUUCUUGAUCUGUUAUUUGAUGGAGCAUCUCUUCUCCUCAUCCAUGAUCAACAAACCAGUGGUGCAGAUCUUGCUCUUUUAAUGUUGGAUGUGCUGGAGAAGUCCAAAACAGAGCCAACAGAUGACCAAAUAUCACGAAUAGCAAAUCUGUUCAGCCUCUUAAAUCAUGGAACACCCGAACGUCACCAGUACCUUGUGCGUGCGGUAAAAUGGUCAUGUGGGGAGACACACAAGCUUGGCCAUCCAAGAUUACACCAGCUCCUUGCACAGACACUAUGGAAAGAGAAAAACUAUGGAUCAGCACGUUACCACUACCUACGGUCAGAGGAUGGAGGGGGCUGUGCAAACAUGCUGGUGGAGUUGCAUUUAUUAAGAGGCUACCCCUCAGAAGUGGAUCUUUUCCUAACACAGGCUGUUCUCCAGUACUUGUGUCUGCAGAAGAAGGUGGCAGCAUCAGAAGUGUUUGAGACAUAUACCAAGAAGCACCCCAAUAUAACCAAGCAGCGGGGACCGCCCUUCCUACUCCCUCUCCUUAACUUCCUUUGGCUCCUUCUCUCUACUAUUGAAAGUGGGAAAGUGACAUACUUCACAGUCUUGUGUGAACAGUACCAGCCAAGUUUAAAGAGAGACCCUUCUUACCGGGAAUAUUUGGAUCGUAUUGGACAACUGUUCUUUAAUCUACCAGCUCCUAGACCCCAACAUGGUCCUGGGGGUAUAUUUGGUAAUUUGCUUCAGGGGCUACUAGGUGGAGGUCUUGGAGAUGAUGAUUCUGAAGAUGAAGGAACAAUGGGUGGCCCAUCAUCUUCACAACCCAUGGCAGCAGAGGAGCUGGACUAAUGUUGUCUUACUGUAGGACUCUAAACUGCUUAAUAUUUCGACUUUAAGCUAUUGUGGGUACAACACUGCACCACCUUCAAUAGUAUAUAUAUGACCUCCAUUUUCUUUUGUACUACUGCCAUUGAUAUUGAAUAUACUAUUUCAUGAUGAAGCCCUAUUUAAUUUAGGGUUCAUUUUGUAAACAUAACAUUAACAUUGGCAUACUUCAUAAGAUUUAUAGAAGAAAUUUAGUUAUAGGAAUUUGUCAUUUCUGAAAAGCGAAGAGUCAUGCUUAUCCUUUCUAAAAUUUACUGUCUUGGAUAGUAUUUAUGCAUAGGUAUUCUCUGAAUGCAGUCAGGGAGGUUAUGUUAUGCAGAUUUGAAUUCAGAUUCAUAUCUGAUCAUAGAACUCUGAAGUGUGUAAAUAGUGAGAAGUUACUUAGACACCUUAGAUUUUGCUACCGAGACCAAACCAUUGUAUAGAUUACAAGAAUAGAUAAAAUGGUUUCUGUGUACCAAAUUUUGAUGCAGAGUUUUGUAAUAUAUGCCAUUUAAAGAGAUAUUACAUAUUUAAAUGUUGAAUGCACUACCCAUAUGUUUCUCAAGACCAGUAACAAUGUGCUUCAGAUCAGCUGCUAGAUUUUAUUAAUAAGUGUCCCAUAGUUAUUGAGUCAAGGGGGGAAGAUAAUAAGCAAAUUUUUGUAACUAUCAGUUAAAAAAGUCUGAGACAUUUCGAUUUCAUUUAUGAGCUGAGAAUACACACAUUCUAUAUAAUUCAUGUAAGGAAGGCAUAUUUGUUUUUAUAUUGUAAGUAAAUUAGUGUUUUGGGCUGAGCAGUCAGUUCAUAGAAUGAGUGUACUAAAAUGUUUAUAUGUGGAGAAUGCAAAAAUCAAGUGCAGAAUGUGGAAAGUGAAUUGGGUGUUGGGGGAUGUUUUUUUUUAAGUUUGGCAAUCAGCUUUAAGUCAGCAGACCACUCAACCUAGGUGUAAUUUCAAUACAUAUAUGGAAUAGCCAAAAAUUAAUAUCUAUUUUUUCUAUUAGGUGCAUCACAGGAGCUUGAUUUUGCUAUUACUGUACUUUGUCAUCCACACACACACUGCUUUUUUUGGCAUCCAUGUCAACCUUAGUGCUACAGUUUUUGUGAGUAGGCUUGACACACAGGUUGCGGUGGGUCUUUAUUUUCAGUGGUUCCUUAUGUUUGUUGUGAACACUUAAAAAAAAAUUGAUAAUAGACAAAAUUUCCAUAUUAGAUGACGUGAUCACAGAUGGUAUGUUCUUUGUUUGAAAGUCAUUUAGUAAUAAGACUUGUCCUCAUAUAAAAGAUGCAGGACACAUCAUCACCCUUAUUCAAAGCACUGGUUCAUGAUACCAACAGAUAGACUUAUACAGGUUUACAAUAAACUGUGAGUAUUAAAUGUAGCUGUUUGCAAAGAUAGUAUUAUUUAACAAUUGCAGUAAUUAGACUCAUAGUCUAGAACCUGAAAUGGUUGCAGUGAAUUGAGACAAGAAAAUAUAAUUUAGUAAUGCCAGGGCAUGUGUAAAGAUAAUCAUCUAGGUGCCUGUAUGCAAAGUACAUCUGUUUGUCCAGAUGAUGCAGUUUCUUGCAUAAGAGGAGGAUGGCUUUUUCAGAUGUUCUUUAUACACUGGUCAGUGGACAUCACAUUGUUAAUAGACUCCUCAGCAGUGCUCAUAAAGAGUUGCUGAAAAACUGUGCAUGCUGGUUUAGCUCCCACAUGAGUCAGGUGGUUGCCUUCUGAGUCAUAUCCUUUUAAAACAUUAUUUGCCAUUGUUAAUAGUCCCCUUUUUCAUUUUUCUAACCCAAAUGUUAUUGUUUAUUGAUGAAUAUAAUACGGUCAUUCUGUGUGAAAUCAACAUACUGUACUUUGGAAGCAAAAUAUACGUGACUAAUUUUUAUUAGAAUUUGUUACACAUGCAUGACCCAUUAAGACGUACAGUACAGUACAUACAAAAUACACAAACAGAUUCUGUUUCUGUUAACUUCAAAAUACUGUACAAAUUUUUAUCUGAAUUUUGCCUAAUUAUAGGGCUUGGAAAUGUGUGAUGAUUUCAUAGGGAAUUACCUCAGUGUAACAAUUUCCUUAUCUUCUCUUUUCCUCUUGUUUUUGUUUCAUAGAUAAUUCAUGAAUGCAAUUUCUCCCACUCACCCUUUUAAUUUCAUACAUUACCCUUUAAAUGGUAAUAUUCUAUCUCUCCUCCUUGUGUCAUUGUUUAAUUAUUGCUGCUACUAUAAGUAUCAGAGAAUGUGUGAAUAAAAUGUGAUUUUGAAA